AUGGUUAGCGUAGCUUUUGCCGCAUUCCUGACAAACAUGAACCUUCUUGCUCGGCUCUGCCGCGUGCCUCCUCGCAGCGAAGUCGAAGGGGGUGGGAUUCGCCCCCCAACAUCCUCCUUGGAGGUGUGCGAACCUGCACGAAGGCCUCUCCAAGUUUCUUUGUUCUUCAAUAAUUACUCGUGGCAAUUCAUCACCUUCGUCAACAAUUGA